AUGCCCAAGCCGGCAGCGGUCGUCAUUUCCGGCUGUGGGCACAAAGAGCUGAAUGGCACAUACUUUCAGGAUGGCCGGGACCUGAAUGACUUUCCCAUCUACAAGCGAAAGCUCCUAAGACCGAACGUCCAGGCUGUGCUGCGCAACACAGAUGGCACCUGGGAGGUGGUGAGCGCACCUUCAGAGAGCGCUGCCCCGCGACGGCGGGUGUAUGCCCAAGACGAAGGCGCCACCACGCCAGACCAGGUGGAAGGUCUGUGGUUCGAAGUCCAGGAUCAGGAGGAGGAGGAGCAUAGGGCGAGCUCAAGCAUGAAGAUACAUGUAGCACCUGGUGAACCAAAGCGGCGCCACUCGGUGUCGGGCGGCUGUCAGCUGUUGGAUGUGCAGUGGCUGUUGGCAGAGCAGAUGGGAAGCCUUACAAGCGAGGAUACGGGAUGUGAACCACCGAGCUCCGAAAGCGGCUCUUCGAGCAGCUCGAAGGUCAAGGAAGUCUCCAUUGUCCUGGCCUUUCGAGGGACUGCCAGCGUGCAGAACAUGCUCACCGACGUCCGAAUUUCGUUGCAGCCGCUGGCGGAAGAGUCGAAGACAGGGCCUUUCGGCGUUUCCGAGGGGCCGCCAGCAUGCUUUGACCUCGAAAAGAAGGUCGUGCAGAGGCUCUCCACGGUAACACGCAACCCUUUUUCGCCAUCAGCUCGCUCGGCUGCAGAGCCGUUGCAUCUUGAGACUGGCUCAGCAGCAAGUUCAGGAGCUGGCGAGUCAGGAUUUCUUUGGCAGCUGCUUUCCCGGUGCUGCUCGAAGCUGUGCUUCCCCUUCCUCCCCUCGGACUUUGACGACGACGAGGAUUUGGGUCUUGAGGCACUGGACAAUGUUCGAGUUCACCAGGGCUUCGCCCAGGCGUACGCUGCCAUCCGAACAGAUGUGCUGGCCAUCCUGAAGGCGCGGCUGCAGCACUGGCGCGACAAGGGCGUCACCGCGAAGGUCUAUGCCACGGGCCACUCUCUUGGCGGAUCCAUUGCACACCUCUUCGCGCGGGGAUGCCGAGAGGAUUAG